CCGCGGAAAGGCCGCAGCCCCCUUACGGGGUGCCCCGCCCCCUGCUGGCCCCGCCCCCGCGCGGCGAUUGGCUGGCGGCGCCCCGGCGGAAGCAGCGUGGUGGGAUGGCGCGGGCGCUGCGGGCGCUGCGUGCGGCGGCGGGACCGGGACCGGGACCGGGACCGGGACCGGGACCGGGACCGGGACCGCGCGUGCGCUUCGGGCCCAGCCCCACAGGUUUUCUCCACUUGGGUGGCCUUCGCACUGCUUUAUACAAUUAUAUUUUUGCCAAAAAACACCAAGGGACUUUCAUUUUGAGAGUGGAGGAUACAGAUCAAAAUCGAGUGGUGCCUGGAGCUGCAGAAGGAAUAGAAGAUAUGCUGGAUUGGGCAGGUAUUCCACCUGAUGAGAGUCCUCGCCGGGGUGGUUCUUUCGGACCCUACCAACAGUCACACAGGCUCGACCUUUAUAAGAGAGCCAGUGAAGUGCUUUUGGAAAACGGCACAGCUUAUCGCUGCUUUUGUACCCCUCAGCGUCUGGAACUGCUGAAGAAGGAGGCUUUGCGGAAUCAACAGACCCCACGGUAUGACAACCGGUGUCGGCACCUGACAUCCAAAGAAGUGGCUGAGAAACUGUCACAAGGUUUUGAGUGGAUAGUCCGAUUCCGGCUCGAGAAGGGUGUGGAGCCCUUCCGGGACCUGGUCUACGGCUGGAGCAAGCACGAAGUGGCCGAUGUGGAAGGUGAUCCGGUGAUUCUCAAGGGAGAUGGCUUCCCGACUUACCACCUGGCAAAUGUGGUGGAUGACCAUUACAUGGGAAUCAGCCAUGUUUUGCGUGGAACUGAGUGGCUUACUUCCACAUCCAAGCACCUCCUUCUCUACAGAGCCUUUGGCUGGGAUCCUCCUCAGUUUGGUCACCUCCCGCUGCUUCUGAACAAAGAUGGCGGUAAACUGUCCAAAAGGCAAGGGGACAUUUUUCUGGAGCGUUUCGCUCAGGAUGGCUACUUGCCAGAGGCUCUGCUGGACAUUAUAACCCACUGUGGCUCUGGAUUUGCAGAGAAUCAGAUGGGGAGGACUUUGGAAGAGCUGAUCUUGCAGUUUGAAAUAGGCAGAAUUACGACCCAUUCUGCCCUACUGGAUCUUGAAAAACUCCCAGAAUUCAACAGGAUUCACCUCACCCGCCAAAUCGAGAAUGAGGGGCUACGACAGAAGUUAAUUAGAGACUUGCAGUUGCUGGUGGAGAGUGUCUAUGGGGAUCAACAUGUGGAUAAAGAGGUUCUAGAAAAGAAUUAUGUGGAGCGAGUCCUUCUGCUGAGAAAAGGUCACAUAAGCCUCCUGAAGAACCUGGUGUCAUGUGAUUAUUCUUACUUAUGGGUUAGGCCCUCCGUGUCUCGAGAGCAGCUACAAACUAUUUCUGCAGAAGUAGAUGAAAUAGGAAAACUAGUCACAGGGCUCAUGAGAAGGCAGGCAGCUGUUUUGACUGUGGAGGAGUUGAACAAAGACCUGAAAAGCCUCCAGAAGCAAACUAGAGAGACUAAGUACAGCAGCGUGAUGAAGCUCCUUCGCUUGGCGCUCAGUGGAAAGCAGCAUGGACCAAGUGUUGCUGAAAUGAUGGUGACUUUGGGACCCACAGAAGUGUGUGAAAGGAUGCACAAAGCACUGUCUAGCUAAUAAGAGACAGAAAUGACACCAGCAGCCAUCCCUGGGAUUCAGACGGUGUGGGCCCCAUGUGUUGUUGUCCUAGACCUGUAUGUUGUUGUUGCAGUAAGAUUAUCUUUGAUCAGAUGAUUUGGGCUUUGGACCAGGCAGGUGUCACCAUGGUGUUCCAGAUCUGUAUCUGUCUACACUUAAGCAUAAGCCAGUUUGUACAGCAGAGGAACUAAAUACAGAUUUAGAUCUGUCCUUGUGCUUUCAUCCUGUGGAAAUAGCCUGGUUUUCAGGUUGGGAUAAAAAGACUUUUAUCUGCAUUUGGCAUUCAGAUCCAGACCAUGUGGACAGAAACUAAUGUUAUUUCUGAUACCAGCACAGUUUGUCUCAAGCAAUCAGUCUCUUUUUGGAGAGAGCCUCGCAACCAGAGGACCAAGAGUCACAGCUGACAGGUCCCCAACAAGUGGUAGAAGGAGAGGCUGCGGGGGUGAAGAGCUAGUGCCCUCGUAACCGCUGCACAGCACCUGCCAGCCUGCGCGAGAUGCGCAGUGAGAAGGUCUGUGUACGGGAGAGCCCUUGGCUGCUUGUCCCCGCGAACUGCGUUUGUCACGUGUAGUUCAGCUAAAAAUAUCCCCCGCAAUAGGUUUGCUUUUCCUUUUUUGGAUGAAUGGUGAUGGGUGUGUCCUUUUUAUUUAGUUCUUUCCCCUGUGUCUGUCCCCCUGCACAGUAAUGGAGGAGGAAGAAAACGCAGGGAUAUUUUACAAUGACGCCCAGCGUCACUAGUCUGUAACUCCAUGCCGUAAUAAAACCCGUGGCCUUUUCACCUGCCGUUUGAGCGCGGUGAAGGAAGCCGGCCGGGCCGCCGGAGUCUUGUCUGCUUUUCCUCAGAAAACUAUUUUCCAGAAACGGGUGCUCGUGUCCUCACGAGCACUGUGUUUGCGAGUGAAUUUAAUAUUCACGUAUGCAAAAUAAAUGUAUUAAUAUAUAUAUAAUAUAUACAAACCUAUACAUAUAUAUAAAAUAAUAACUGGUG